UCGCCGUGCCUUCCCGGUGGCGGGCGCAUCACCGCCGACUCAGCAAUGGCCUCGCGGCUCCGCCUCGCCGGCGAGAGCCCUUCCGACCCGCAUCUCUGCGCCAACCAGAGCGCCGACGGUGGCGACGGGGCGGGGGAGGGGGAGGGAGGAGCCGCGAAGAAGCCGGAGGCGCGGCGGGAGGUGACGGACCUCGGCGGCGGCAGCGAGGUGGUGCACGUGCCGCGGUUCGUGCCGCGGGAGGCGGCGUGGGGGUGGUUCGACUACCUCGACACGCGCAUCCCCUGGAAGCGCCCCACCAUCCGCGUCUUCGGCCGCUCCGCCGUGCAGCCUAGAGAUACAUGCUAUGUCGCAGACCAAGGGCUAACAGAUUUGAAAUAUAGUGGCCAUCAGCCUCAUGCACAUUCUUGGGACGAAUUCCCUGUGCUCAAGGAUAUCCUGAAAGCGGUUCAUGAAGCCCUCCCUGAGAGCAAUUUUAACAGCUUGCUCCUAAACAGAUACAAGACCGGCUCAGAUUACGUUUCAUGGCAUGCCGAUGAUGAGCCGCUGUAUGGACCUACCCCAGAGAUAGCAUCGGUCACCUUUGGAUGCGAACGAGAAUUCUUAUUACGAAAGAAGCCUUCGAAAUCGCAAGCUUCACUUGGAUCUGGAGAAUCUGCGCGGAAGCGGCUCAAGGUCAGUGCUCCUCAGCAGCAGCAUUCGUUUCUCCUGAAGCAUGGGUCGUUGCUCGUGAUGAGAGGCUACACCCAACGGGACUGGCACCACUCGGUCCCGAAGCGAGCUAAGGCAAGCUCACCGAGGAUCAAUCUGACCUUCCGACGAGUGUUGUAGCAUCUCUGUGUUUGUGGUUGUGCAAACUGUUGCUAAUGCUCGUGUCGUGCAACCCUGUUGGUGCAUCUGACGUUUUACCUUAACUUUUUCCAUUAUUUACCGGGUGAGUUUAAUCAUCUCACAACUCGUAAGAGUGGGAAAAAAAAGUUAAAUUUCCGGUGAAUAUGGUGCAGGCAUCAUGUCACAUUUGUAUCAGCGUACUCUAGACUGUCUCUGGUAUGCGCAAAUCUUGGGAUUUUUUCGUUAUUGGUAGUUGCUUAGCCUUCUGGGUUUCUGACCUGUGCAUCUAGCUGUUGUUAACAAUGUGACAAAUAGCACAGCAAUACGUGGCUGAAUGUUGUGUUUUGGGAAAAUUUUAAAAUGUACU